GGAUCUGGAAAUUUGAUAUUUUAAGCAUACAGUAUUGCACUGCUAACUUUCUCGUCAUGCGGCUUGGACUUCUUUUUCAACAGCGCUUGAUAUAGGCUACUGAUCGAACUGGAAAAAAAGGAGGGAGCACUUUUGAACUUUAACUAAAAAGCAACACUACUUUUUGGGGGUACCCAGUGGUAAACCGACACUAUAAGGGAACAACGUGGAUAUUAUUGAACAGCAAAAAAAACUGAGCUGGGUUUUGAUAGUGUGCACAGACCGGCUACGGCGGGUCUGCGCGAUGCCUGAUUUAACUGGUAUUGUUCUCUGGGGAGCGAGCAUGCAUGGUAAUAUCGUGGAUCCUUAGCCCUCACGAAGAUAUUUGUCUAUUUAACCGUGGGAUAUUACAGCUCUUCAAACAUGGAUGUUACGGUUUCCGAACUUAUGGUCAACUUUUUGGAUUCCCCGCUGGUGGUUUGGGUGAAAACCUUGGGGCCUCUCGGUAACGGCUCGGAGGAUAAGCUGUCCGUGUUCAUGGACCUCGUGGAUGGCGUCUUCCUGCACAAGAUCAUGACACAGAUGACGAUGAGAAGUUCCUGACGGACCUCUUCGCACAGCUAACCGAGUAAGCGACAGACGACCACAAAAGACACGAACUGGUAAAUUUCCUGAAGGAAUUUUGUGCUUUUUCUCAAACAUUACAACCUCAGAACAGAGAUGCCUUCUUCAAAACAUUGUCAAACAUGGGCAUCCUUCCAGCACUUGAAGUAAUUUUGGGAAUGGAUGAUGUCCAGGUGCGCAGUGCUGCUACCGACAUCUUCUCCUAUCUGGUGGAGUACAACCCCUCCAUGGUGCGGGAGUUUGUGAUGCAGGAGUCCCAGCAGAACGACGAUGACAUCCUCCUCAUCAACCUGAUCAUCGAGCACAUGACUGCGACACCGACCCGGAGCUGGGCGGGCCGUGCAGCUGAUGGGCCUGCUGCGGACGCUGGUGGACCCGGAGAACAUGCUUGCCACCGCCACCUGAAAGACUCUGAGGAGAAGGAGGUGUUGGCCAAGCCUACCCUGACGGGUCGCCAGAGCCCCAGCUUCAAGCUGUCCUUCUCCAGCGCCCCCAAACCCAGCCUCACCGGUCCGCCCCCCACCAGCCACCUCCCAGGGUCGCCCGGGUCACUGAGCAUCGGGGCCAGGACCUCCCCACCAACGACAGCCAUCACCACCAAGAGCGGCCUGGUGGGCCUUGUCGAUUACCCAGAUGACGACGAGGAGGAUGAAGACGAUAUGGAGAACCAGGAAGAGAUUCUGCCCUUGUCCAAAAAGGCGAAGCUUAGCUCUUAACUUUUUCUCCCAUUCAGUCCUGCCCAGAGUGAGGCUCUGAUCUCUACCUGUCCAGCAAAGUGUCGCUUCCAAUGAUUGCGGAAAUGAUUGGGGGGGGGGGGGAAUGACGAGUAUUGAUAAACAGAUCAUCGCCGUCCACGUUCUCGUGGGUGCAAAGAGGUCCGAAGACGAACGAGCCCCUCCCCUCCGUGGACACGCCCGCCUCCACACGCAGUUCCUGAUACUCAAGUGCCAAUCGGACGAGCGAGUCGUGAAAGGAGGGGAGGAAUCGUGGGAGGGUGCGUUGCCCCUUUUCUCGGGAUGAAAUGAGAUUCAGCUUUCCUGCAGGUGGGGACUUGGAAGACUGACUCCCAAAAGAGAAUAUAGGGGGGUUAGGCCACACAUUCGAGGUUUGGGGGUGGGGGGUUCCCCUUUGGGAUGGACGGACACAGCCUACCCCAAACAGUGCAAGCCAGUCUGCUCGCCCUCGAAGAGACGCUGACUCAACUCCUCCCUCUUCCCUUUUCUGUUCUUUUUUUCAUCUCUCAUCUAAGCCCCCCCCCCCCCCCUUACGUACUGGGACCAGACUAAGAUGACCCAGAAGAUGACGUCCUUCACUAUCACUCAGCAGGAACCCCUCAAUAAAUGCCAGCAAAUUCUCCUUUCGUACAGCUUUCUUUUCUCUUUUUUUAAUGAAGGAGACCUGCCUUUAAUAAUUAUGACUGUCACCAUUCGCACUAGGUCAGGGUUUUUUUUUUUUUUUUUAAGCCUCUGUUGAGGAAUAAUUGAAAAGUAGUCCCUCUUUAAUCCCUUUAUUUUGUUUUGGCCUUUGAAACUGCAGACAUUGGAAACUUGCCCUCCCCUCUUCAUUAAAGAUAGUGGCGUUCUAGAUGUGAUAAUUUUGUCAUAUCUUUUGUUCUUUUUCUUCAUGAGUGUACGCUUAGUCAUUGGGGACCAUUAAAAGAAUCUUUGAUGUAAUAUAA